UCUCGCUUUAUCAGUCCUCAGGAUGGGCAAGUUGGAGGGAUUGAGGACGCUGCGCCGCCAACAAGAAUAAUUCACUCGUUUUCGGAGAGACGAUACGACUAGCGGAUAUAUUGGUUCCACCAUGCAAUACGUUCGCCUGGGUCGAUAAUUUACGCUAUUUUUUAGGAGGAGUUUGCCUUUAUUACAUGUGAAGUUCAAUGCUGGAAUAUAAUUUUUAAUACCGGGAGUGUUUUCUUUUGUUUGGAGCGUUUUUGUGUGUGAAGAACCUGCAGACCAACUUUUGGAACAAAUUACGCAUACGCAGAGGAUCGUGUGUUACAUGUAGAGUGAAAGUUUCGCUCUGCGCUCUGUUGGGUCAUUAUUGUAUUACAUUUUUGUAUGUUUUCUGCUUUGCUAACUAUAUUCAAGAACAAAAUAGGUUUAAAGUCCUGGACUGCAGGAGAAAUGGCCAGCGAACUGAAACCACGGCUUUGUAUCAUGACAAAGAGUGAGAACGGGUAUGGGUUUCACUUGCACGGUGAGAAGGGGAAGAACGGCCAGUUCAUUCGCAAAGUUGAGCCCGCGUCGUCAGCCGAAGCUUCGGGGCUGCGCCCGGGGGACCGUGUCAUUGAGGUGAACGGGGGAAAUGUGGAGAAAGAUACGCACCAUCAAGUGGUGCAGAGGAUCAAGGCUGUGGAGCAUGAGACCAGGCUGCUGGUGGUAGACCGGGAGACGGACGAGUACCUCCGCAGCCUGCGCCUCGUCUGCACCGAGGAGAUGGCUGUCCGUCCUGGGGGACCCACCUCUGUGUCCCCUGCCUCACCACCCCCUCCUCGCCCCCGGCCUCCUCGCCCACCGCCAAGAGAGAACGGCUCCGUGUCCAAGCUGCCCACUACCGUGACCAGAGAGGUACCCAAGCCCACGCGAAGGUCUCCGUCGCGGGCCGCCAAGAAGGAACACAUCGACAACAGCCAACAUACCCAUGCAGAGCAAGGGGACUCCAAGUCUCAGGUGGGACGUUGGAUGCGCACUGUGUUAAGAAGCAGUGCGGCUUGGUUGGGUUGUGUAUCGGAGGACGCAUGA